CUGCUUGUCAUCUGUCAACGUCAACAAAAUUUUCUCGAAAUGAAAAGUUUACCAACAACCUAAUAAUUAAUAAAUAAAAUUCCUAUAGUUGCAAUAGCUUAAAACGCUGAAAAACCUUAUAAGGUUUACUAAAAUAAACUACACCAUCACUCAAUUAAAUAUUGUAUACAGAUAAAGAUGGGUCAUUUGCCUUUGACUAAAAAUAUGUUAUCAUUCGUCAAAGUAUUUAAUAAAUCUUCUGUAAAUUUGGUGAAUAUUAGAAAUUUAAUGUCUAAACAGCUAGUUUAUAAUGAAUUUGGAGAUCCUCUAAAAGUAGUGAAGUUUAAAGAAUGCCAAGUGCCGCCUCUCGGACCUCAAGAUGUAUUGGUGCGAAUGUUAGCUGCACCGAUUAACCCUGCUGAUAUAAACACCAUUCAAGGAAAAUAUCCGGUGAAGGUGAAUCUGCCAAGUAUUCCUGGUAAUGAAGGUGUAGGAAUUGUUAAAGAGGUUGGUAAAGAUGUCAAAGAAAUAAAUACUGGUAAUAAAGUAAUUCUUACUAAACCGGUUCAAGGAACUUGGAGGAAUAUUGCACUAUUUAAGGAGAAUGUUUUAAAAGUAAUUCCUGAUGAUUUAGGAUUAGUUGAAGCUGCAACCUUAACGGUAAACCCAUGUACUGCUUAUAGAAUGUUAACUGAUUUUAUACCUGUCAAAGAUGGUCUUGUGGUGAUACAAAAUGGAGCGAAUAGCGCCUGUGGACAAAAUGUAAUACAAAUUUGUAAAGCAUGGGGUGUGAAAAACAUAAACAUAGUCAGAAAUAGACCUGAAAUAAAGCAGUUGAAAGAGUAUUUGCAAUGCUUGGGAGCUACUUAUGUACUUACAGAGGAAGAAUUGCGAUCUACAAAUAUCUUCAAAGACAAAUUUAUUGAAAAACCCUCCUUGGCUUUGAAUUGUGUAGGAGGUAAAAGUUCUUUAGAAAUGUUGAGGCAUUUACAGAAGUCGGGAAAAAUGGUAACUUAUGGUGGAAUGUCAAGAGAACCAGUUAGUAUCCCAACUUCUGCUCUCAUUUUUAAGAAUCUAUCUUUCUAUGGUUUUUGGAUGACUGCUUGGAAUGAGAAGGCAAGUCCAAAUGAAAAAAAUGACAUGAUGAAUGAUAUCAUAUCAAUGAUGUCUUGUGAUAAUAUUAAAGGCCCUAAACAUAAAAUGGUAAAAUUAGAAGAUUACCAAGAAGCUAUAGGCAAUGCUCUUUCACCGCAGGGCUUCACUGGUUGUAAAGGCUGCUGUUUACCCUCAUUACCCCAUGUUCCUGGAGAUGAAGGAGUAGGGGAAGUUGUUGAGAUAGGUAGAAAUGUAUGUGCUGUGAAGCCAGGGCUUAGAGUUGUCGUGACUUCCCGGUUUCUGGGCACAUGGAGAUAUUAUGGAACAUUUCAUGAGAGGGAUAUACACAUUGUGUCUCCACUUAUACCACUCCCGGAAGCAUCAAUGAUAACUUUUGCUCCAUGUGAAGCUUACAGAAUGAUAAAUGAUUUUCGAGUUGUAACACCAGGAGAAACGAUCAUUCAAAAUGCUGCUAAUAGUCCAUGCGGUCAGUAUAUUAUACAGUUGUGUAAAAUUUGGGGCAUUAAUACGAUUAACAUCGUUGCAAAUCGUUGUGGAUAUAAGAACAUGAAACAACAUUUAUUAAAUCUCGGCGCGACAGCUGUUUACACAUUGGAAGAAGCUGAAGAAUUGACAACCUUUGAUACAUCAGUAACGCGACCCAUCUUAGCAUUGAAUUGCUUAGGUGGUAGAUACGAAGAUGUUUUACUAAAUAUAUUGGAUAAAUUUGGUACUAUAAUUUACUAUGGUUGCGCUUAUGAUUUGCCGAUGUUAAAGCAAGGCUGGCGUUGCGAUGUAUCCUUUCAGAGAUUUCGAUUAUGCGAUUGGAAUGCUAAAGCUACAAGCAUUGAAAGAAGUACUAUGUUGAAUCAAAUAGUACAAUUAACAGCUAUUGGAAGAUUAAAAUCGCCGUCAUAUGAACCCGUUCAACUUUGUGAUUAUGUUCGUGCUUUUUCAAAUACUUGUCAUUGCGAAGCAUUUUCAAAUGUAAACUAUGUUUUUGAUUUUACGAUACCUUGAUAUGUACUUUUGCGGCUUUAUAAUAAAAUAUUUAUCGACUA